AUGAGCAGUACUCAGCCUCCAUACUAUUCUUCCACCUUUGGUGAACCCAACCAGAACCCCAGCGCAACCACUGCAACAGGGACCCAAGUUGGCAGCGGCAUCACCAGCACCGGUCAAGCAAAUACCGGCCCUGCGCGCACCACUGCAGGACCGCAUCAAUCUGAUCUAGCCAACAAGGCCGAUCCCCGCGUCGAUAGCGAUCUGAACAACCGCGCUCAGUACGCCCCGGGUGCGACAACCACCGGCAACGUACAUCCCCAGGCUACCCAGAACGUAUCGAACCCUCAAAGCUCCACAGCGGGCCCUCACAAGUCCUCCCUUCUCAAUAAACUGGACCCCCGUGUCAACAGCAAGACCGGCGAAAUGUCUUCGAAGUCGACGAACGCAACUGGCUCUGGGGCCAUGCGUGAACCUACCGAUACCACCGGCGGAGCCGCUUACCAGCAACCGAACCAAGCUGCUACCGCUGCUGGAGGCGCUGCUUCAAGCGCAGCUGGCUACAAUACCGCCCCAGUCUCCGGGUCGCAAACCACCAGCGGAGUAGGAUACCAACCGACGCAAUCAUCCGGUAGCACAUACGGCACCCAGUCCAAGUCGGCCCAGGCAGGGGAAUCUGUCGGCAGCGGUGUGAAGUCGGCCGCAGCAGGAAUCCAUGGAGCGGGGGAGUCAUUGCGAGGCGGGCUUAACGCGGCGGUCGACAAGGCCUUUGGGCACGAAGAAGGGGCCGCCAAAAACUCGGCCAUUGCUCGAGGAGGUGAGCAGGAGAUUCAAUCGGGGAAUUUCAACAGAACCCAGCGGUGA